GGUGAUGAAUAAAAAUGCAAAAAGUGAAAAUCAAGAGAAGCAGGGAAAUGAUGGUUUGGGUUUGAAGGCAAUUAAAGCGAGAAGUGAAUUGCAAGUGAAUUAAGAAAUGAAUGUGCUCCCAAUUCCUCAAUAAACUCCCCCCGCCCGCUGCUUGAACGUCGAUCCCACCACUUUUUCUCAAUCCUCUCAACCUACAAUUCAUUCAUCCAUCCGACAAUCAACAUAUCCCUUUCUGGGUAUCUCCAAUUUCAAACACCAUUCACCAUUUCUUGAUGCAUGCCCGUUAAUUUGUUCGCAUUGCCAUUGCUUGCUUGCCUGUCAUGGACUCGAUCUGGAGUCACAAUGUCGUCCCAACUCCCUCCCGUUUUCUUUUCGCUGUUUACUUCGCUUUUGGUUCAUUUGGUGCCAGGUUGUUGCUGGAUAAAUACGUAUAUCAAACACUGUCCAUCUGGUUGAUGAGCAAGGGGGACACUCCAUUGAAGAUCAAUAAAACUACAAGAGCAAAGAUUGCCAAAUUCACAGAAUCUAUGUGGAAGCUUACAUAUUAUGCCACUAUUGAAUUUUGUGUUCUGGCAAUUACUUAUCAUGAGCCUUGGUUCAGAGACAUAACAGGAUAUUUUAGAGGCUGGCCCAAUCAAGAACUAAAGUUUUCUCUAGAGCUCGUCUAUAUGUGCCAAUGUGGGUUCUACACCUAUAGUAUUGCUGCCCUCCUUCUGUGGGAAACUCGAAGGAAAGAUUUCUCUGUGAUGAUGUCUCAUCAUAUAAUCACUGUUUUCCUAAUUGGCUACUCCUACAUCACAAGGUUCUUUCGAAUUGGAAGCGUAGUUCUUGCAGUACACGAUGCAAGUGAUGUAUUUCUUGAAGGAGCAAAGAUGUUUAAGUACUCGGGUAAGGAAGUGGGAGCGAGCGUGAUGUUUGGAAUGUUUGCUAUCUCGUGGCUUGUACUCAGACUCGUUAUCUUUCCAUUUUGGGUUAUAAGAGCCACAAGCAUCAAUCUUCUAGACGCUUUGAAGCCAUCAGAAGCAUAUGAUAUGAGCUUAUACUACAUCUUCAAUACUAUGCUGUUGAGUCUGCUGGUGUUCCAUAUCUACUGGUGGAUUCUCAUCUUCAACAUGAUCAUGAGACAGCUCAAGAAUAGAGGACAAGUUGGUGAAGAUAUACGAUCUGAUUCGGAGGACGAUGAUUAGUUUUUUUGGCGAAAGAAUAGAGUGUUAUCAAUUGUAUGUACCUCUUUGAAAAUAGGGUUGGAGUUCCCAUGCACAUAUGAAUGAUUACUUGUCUUGAUUCUUUGCACUAAUAGAAAAGCCUCCUAGCUUUACUAGGAUUAAACCCCCUUCA